GUGUCAGAAAGUUGUGGGCAACUCAGGCAAAGCUGAUUGGAUCUGUGCAGCAGGCGUUGUGUUUUUCUCACAGGAUAACCCCCCACCCCCGUGCAAAUCUUCAGAGAAGGUGGAACAAAAACCAAAACCAAACCAAACAAAGCCUUUUGAAGCUCAGUUUCUUUGCCUAGACCCUGGAAGGGGAUUCAGGUUUGGAGGACAGUCCAUAACAUUGUUCUACUGCGAAACCCAGUUGUGCAGUACUUGACAAAGUAGAAGGCUGAAAAGAUGGCUGGGAAACCCAAGUUGCACUAUGUUCGAGGGAGAGGGAAGAUGGAAUCUAUACGCUGGCUCCUUGCAGCAGCUGGAGUGGAGUUUGAAGAACAAUUUAUUGAAACAAAUGAAGACUUGGAAAAAUUACGGAAGAAUGGACAGCUCCUGUUUCAGCAAGUGCCCAUGGUGGAAAUAGAUGGGAUGAAGAUGGUGCAGACGCGAGCUAUUCUCAGCUACAUCGCAGCAAAGCACAACCUCUACGGGAAGGACCUGAAGGAGAGAGCACUGAUUGACAUGUACGUGGAAGGAACAACUGAUCUGAUGGGGAUGAUAAUGACGCUCCCUUUCCAGCCCCCUGAGAACAAAGAAAAGCAGACCAGCCUAAUUUUUGAGAGGGCCACAACCAGAUACUUCCCAGUUUAUGAAAAGGUUUUAAAAGAUCAUGGACAAGAUUUCCUUGUUGGUGGGAAGUUCAGCUGGGCAGAUGUUCAUCUGCUUGAAGCUAUUCUGAUGGUCGAAGAGAUGAAGCCUGAUGUUCUUUCUGCGUUUCCUCUGCUGCAAGCCUUCAAGACAAGAGUAAGCAACAUCCCUACAAUUAAGAAAUUCUUGCAGCCUGGCAGCCAGAGGAAGCCCCCAUUUGAUGAAAAUUAUAUUGUACAGAUCAGGAAGAUUUUCAACUUCUGAGCACUUGAGCUACGACAAUCACUGCAAACAUUGGCCUUAUUUUUCUUGAUUUAUACUGCUUCUCCACAUACACCUUCGCUAACUUUUUGUCAGCCACCUUGAUAUUUUAUUACAAAUUCUGUGAAAAGUUACUCCCACAUCUAACUCAACUUUUAAAUCCAUUCUGGUAAGGGGCCAUGCUUUCAGAAACCUGGCAUAAUCAUGGGUAAUAAUAAUGUCCAAACCAGUUUGGGAUAAGAAAAUGAUGGGGUUAUAUAGACCCUUCAUGCCGCUCAAUCCAGACUAAAAGUAUGUUCUUUCAGUAUUAGCUCAGAGAUAUAACUUGCUGGUGGCAAAAGUAGUUCAAUUACAUUAAUCAGGAUUUAUGCUAAACAUGUGGGGAGUCUAUGAUUUUGAUGCUUGAGAACCCAGGUAGAUCCAAACAAGGUCUUAAAAUUGAAUUACAACAUUUUGCAUGAAUUUCAGGGCUGUGUGCUAAUUUUGAGAAAUCAGUUGUUGUGUACUAUAAUAUCAACCCCAACAUCCAGUUAGAUUUAUGCAAAUUACUCAGAAGCCUUUUGAUUUUUAUGCAUUCAUAUACUGAAAAAAUUGAAUAAAAUGUUUAAAUUACAUUUUUGUCCAUUGUUGGAAAACAUUGCCAGGGUCAACAAACAACUGGUUAUGUGCCACUUAGAAUGUCUUCAGAUGAGCAGCAGCAGGAGAAAUGUAGAAAUCAUGUCAAAGGCAGUCAUAUGUACUGUUAGUGAUUAUUACUAUGUUACUAAAUUAUCCUUUGUCUUCCUUGCCCUACGACACAAAUCUAUUCAGGCACUGAAUUUGUUACUAUGUAGUAACUCAAUCAUUAACAAGGAUAAUUGCCUUAACAAUUAAAAUGCAUUUCUUUCUUUUC